AUGGCACUCUCUCACGACAAUGUCAAGUUUUUGGCAGUGGCGCGGGCCAGCGACAAGGUCAUCGUGUGCAGCUACGCCCACACGAAGAAGGAUAAAGAGGAUGCACCCAAGUACAUCGACAUGCUGAGCAAAGUGCUGCGAGCGCCAACGUGGAAGCAGCAAGUGACGCCCAACAGCCGCCACACGCUCGACUGCGACCCCAACAAGUUUCAUUUUACUAUGGACAACGACGAGAUUGUGUACUGCGCCAUCACGGCUGCCGACUACCCGAUUCGCCUGGCGUUCAAGCUGAUCACAGCAGUGCAAGAAGAGAUCGGGGGGAAACAGGCUGCUAAGCUCGCCCAGGCCAAAGAGAAUGGCUUGGAUUGCGGCAAGUCUUUGGGCGUCAUCGCGACCAUGUACGACGAUCGCACGAAGGUGGACAAAGUGUCGGAAGUGAUGGCGCAGGUUGACGCGGUGAAGAGCACGAUGCAAGACAAUAUUCAAGUGGUGCUGUCCAACACAGAGAAGAUGGAGCUGGUCGAGCAGAAGAGCAAUGACCUGAACGAACAGGCCAAGGUGUUCCGCAAUGCGGGCAAGAGCCUCGCCCGCACCAUGUGGUGGAAAAACGUCAAGAUGAUGAUUGCGAUUGGUCUGCUCGUCGUACUGGUCAUCAUUGUGCUCCUUGCCAUGGCAGGAGUGUUCAAGUCAUCCACUCAUGAGACUACACCUGCGCCAACGCCAACACCACAGGCCGCAUUGACAUUGCCAACGACGACAAAAGCUGCACGCAUUCUCCGCGAUACUCAGACUAUGGACGGCGCCUCGCACGGUGCGUAGGACAUCAUGCCGAGGCAGCGGAUGAAUACCAAAGAUAGUCUUGGA